CCACCCCGAGGCCGAGCCGAGCACACACCCUUUGCCCCGCCCGCCCGCCCGCCCGCCCGCCGACCUCUGCCGGUGAGCCUUCGCGGCGGGCCGACCGACAGACCCUCUGCAGAUGUCGAGCGAAGCGGACAAGCCGCUGCGGCGUAUCGGCGCGUCGUUCGAGGAGCUGGCGGCCGUAGCGAAGCAGCAGCCGCCCGCGGCGAUGGUGGCGGGGGACUUCUCGCGCGCGUGCUCCCACGUCUCCGUCCUCUUCGGCUGCCUCGGCAUCGCCUUCAAGUUCGCCGAGAUGGACUACGUCGCCAAGGUUGACGAUUUGCUGGAUGCAUCCAAGUCGAUUUCAACGUUGCCCUCCAUGGUUGAGCUAGACAUUCAGAAGGGCACUGUCAGGCAGGCAGGGAACCAUACAAGGAAUCUACUGAGGGUUAAGCGCGGGAUCGAUAUGGUGAAAGUUCUGUUUGAGCAGAUAUUAGUUACAGAAGGCAACUCCCUGAGGGAUGCAGCAUCAAAGGCUUAUGCUCAGGUGUUCGCUCCUCACCAUGGAUGGGCCAUAAGGAAAGCAGUUGGUGCUGGAAUGUACGCCCUUCCUUCUAAGUCGCAGCUCCUGAAGAAACUAAAUGAAGAUGAAAAUUCAGCAAGGGCUCAAAUGCAGAGUUUUGUAAGGUCAUCUGGACCGGUAAUUCUCUACGUCGAAGGUCUCUUUACCUCCAGGAAUUUAGGAAUAGACUGGUGAGCGAAGCGUAUACACAUGCUUCCAAUAUACUAAUCCUGUAAUGGUGUGCUGUGACUCCGAACUGUAGCUAGUUUCAGUGUCUUGAGUUUAAGACUUCAGAGUUUUACCCUAAAUUCAAUAAGCUGUGGUGCUGUGGAGGUUCCUGACGAGCUGAUGCAGAGCCUUUGUUGGGGAAGUGCCUACUUUACAAACCUGAGAUUCCAGUUUAUUUCUGGAGUUACAACUGGAAUGCUACUUACAUGUAUGGGUUAUCCAUCUUGAGAAUGUGUGUCUGGAGCUAUUAAACUGGAAUGCUACUUACAUGUAUGGGUCAUCCAUCUUGAGAACGUGUCUCUUAUUAAACUGGAAUGCUACUUACAUGUUGAGUAGUCCAUC